AGGCAGUGGCCCUCUUGGGCGAAGACUCAGGCUGGGUCACAUCCUUCCCUGAGCUUCGAGCUUCCACCCGCUUCUUCUCCUCUCUUCCCUCUGGGAUUAUCCUCUGUCCCCUAGAACCCACAUCUACAAAGACUAGACACCGAACCCAAGAUCCUCCUGUCAGCUGUAUAUUCGAUUUACGCAUUGAUUUUCCUUUGAUUUUUCCGAGGGAAACUGGCCAUCCGGGCCCCGUAACAGGUGCUUUAUUUUUUUCGGAGGGUAAAAAUAGUGUUGCUUUGGUGCCUUGGAAGAGCGCCUUUCGGCUGGGCCACGAAGUCGCCCAGCAGUCAUCCAGGAUUAGCGCAGGGAGAGUUCACGGCUUCUCCGCUUCCACCAGCAGUCCUUCCACAAACGGAUUCCUCUGGAAAUAAAGUCCUUGCAGCGCCAUGACUGAGACGGCAGUGGAAGGUGGAGGAAGAACAUCAAGCACGACUACUGUGGUCGACAGCAAAAAUGGCGAUGUCGUGUCAUCACCGUCACGGGCGCCUAGGAAGACAGUCACAGACGACCUGUAUGCCACGUUCAGCUCUCCCAUGGCCUGGAUCCUAGUGCUUGCCCUCAUCAUCACCUGGUCAGCAGUGGCUGUCAUCAUGUUCGACCUCCUCGACUACAAGGGGCUUACAGGAAAUAUUCACGACAUGGGCUCUGACCCUAUGAAUACAGUCAACGAAGCUCAGGAAUCCACAGACUGGGUUGGCAUGAUGCUUUCCUUCGUGUCCAAUCUGCUGUCGCCGGAGGACGAUGAAGGUGACCUGGCCCAUGCGGUGAGGAAAAAAGGAGAAUUCCUUCCAUCCGAGAGAGACCUUGAACAAGCUAAGGAAACAAAGGAGCGAAAACUGAGAGAAGAAAAGAGAGAAGCUCACAGAGAUAGGCGCAAGGUGAGGACGCGGAGGGAGGAGGAGCGAGAGAAGAAGGCCGCAAAGCCUGAGGGGAGGCGAGAGCGGCCGAGGAAGGAGGAGAAGGUGGUGGCCAGGGCCAAGAUCAGAGCGAAGCCCAGGGCUGAGAGACCCGCAAAGGCUGAAGAGAGAAGGCGUGCCGUGAAGACCAAGGAAACCAAACGGGAGGAACCCAGGAGAAAGGCAGCCAAAGAAGAGAAGGAGGGAAAGAGGGACAAGGAGCCAUCUAAGAAGAAGGUGUCCCCUGAUGAGAAGAAAGGAGACAAGCGAAAAGAGCAGCCAAGAAAGCGUAAGGACACUAAAGCUCAGAAAAAACUAGAAGACAAGCCGAAAGAAGCAAAAAUUAAGGCUGAAGAAAAGGCUGUAAAGAAAAAGCAGAAAGAGGGCAGGACUGCAACUGUCAAAGCAGUGAAGGAACAACCUGUAAAAGAGAAGACCAAAGCUAAGAGGAAAGCAGCAGUGCGAGAAAAACCGGAAGACAAGAAGAAAGCUCAUGCAGAAACACCAAAGAAGAAAGGAACUGAAGUUCCAAAGAAAUCACACAAAGCUCCCAAAAAAAGUGAUGCAGAAAAACCAAAAGAAAAAGUUCCAGAAAAGAAAGCGAAAAUAGCCCCUGUCCAUGUCGGUCAUGUGGACAAGGUGAAAACAAUAGAAACUGAAAUUUCAAAGAAACCAGAUGAUGAUAUUCCUCAAAAAGCUGCCAGAGAACCAUCCGAAACUAAAGAAGCAGAGGUACUUCAGACAGUCACCAAAGAAACUGAAGAAAAGGUGCAACAAGUAGAAUUACCUGAAAGGAAAGAACAAGAUGCUCCUGGAGAAGAAAAAGAAGAAGAAGAGCCUAUCAAGGAGGAUCAGCCAAAAGGUAAAAAAAAAAAAAAAACAAGAAAAAGAAAAGCAUACUUUCAAAUGGAGUCACUUUUAUUCAAUCUCUUUGUCAGAUUAUUAUGCUGAGCAUGACCAAGAAAAUGACGGCACAGAGAAUUCUGUC